AGAAGAACAGGUUGACUCAGAAAACGAUCUGGGACACAGUGGAGAAGGCAGACAUUGGCUGCACACCGGGCAGUGGAAAGAACUAUGCAGGUGUCUUUAUGGAUGCUGGGCUGGCCUUCCAGACCAGCAAAGGCCUGCAGACUGAGCAGCGGUCAGAUUUGGCAUGCCCGCAUGCCCGCACCCGGCGCCGCCGCUCAGUGCAGCUCAUGGAGAAGAGGAAGGGCAAAGCGGGUGAGUACCCCAGCAAGGAGCUGCGCAAGUGCUGUGAGGACGGUAUGCGGGAGAACCCCAUGCAGUACUCGUGCCAGCGCAGGGCGCAGUUCAUCCUCCAGGACAAGGCCUGCGUGGACGCCUUCCUGGACUGCUGCAACUACAUAACCCAGCAGCGGCUGGAGCACAGCCGGGACAGUGACCUGGACCUGGCCAGGAGUUAGGAGAAUGAGAU